GUUCCGGUUGUUGCAGCGAGGAGUGAGACUCGAGCAGGCGGGGAAGGAGGGGUUAAACACGGGAGGAAAAGUUUGUUCGGCGGCCUCAAAAGCAAUGGACGAAGUUUAUUCAGUCUUUCAGCUCGAUUCGCCCGGCUUUAAAUGCGGAGACUAUGGUAAUUAACGACACGCACAGCGCGAUAGGCUAGUCUGAAUGUUUGCAAACAUUACUGCACGUUUGACAUCGAUCUAAUCUGAACGAUGGCAGAGGGAAACCACACGGUUGUGUACUUGUCUGAGCAGGUGGUCGUGUUGUGUUCAUGCGCGCUGUCCUUCGUGGGCUCCUCGCUGAUCAUCCUCACCCACAUUAUGUGGGCAGACCUGAGGACGACUCCGAGGAGACUGCUGGUCUACCUCUCGGUGUCUGACUGGCUGUCCGCCGUCUCCUACGCCUUCGGGGUCUGGAGGGUCUUCCACACCGACUCGGUGGACUGCGUCGCCCAAGGAGCCAUAUCCACUUUCGCCAACACCAGCUCUUUUUUCUGGACGGUGGCCAUCGCUGUUUACCUGUACGUGGUUAUCGUGAGAGCCAGCCAGAGGGUCGCUGACAGCUUGGUGUGGUUCUUCCACAUUGUCAGCUGGGGUGUCCCUCUGGCCAUCACUGUUGUAGCCGUGUGCCUGAAGAAGAUUGGCUACGAUGCGUCAGAGGUGUCGGUGGGCUGGUGCUGGGUCAGCAUCCACGCUCCUGACCGGGUCCUGUGGAUGCUGCUGACUGGAAAGAUCUGGGAGUUCUUGGCUUACCUCACCCUGCCGGUCCUCUAUAUCCUGAUCAAGAGGCACAUCCACAUAGCGGGAAUUGGCAACACCUCGCAGGGAGCAGCCAACUGCAUCAUGUUUGUGUUGCUUACUCGGCCAAUCCGCACGCGCCUCUGCGCCGCGCUCAGCUGCUGCUGCUCCUCCAAGUGUCGAGCAGGCGAGCAGCCCUCGCAUGGCGCCCCCCACGGGCUGCUGCCCGGACAGGACACCUCCACACAGAGGGAAGAGGACAGCGCCAGUGGAGUCGGGACCGAUCGAUGAUAUUCUGUGGAUGAGAAGAAAGCUUUAAGUGAGAACCCAUAA